CCGACCGCUCCGUCACCGCGGCUGAAACCCGAGAGGAACACUCCGGAGUUGGAGAAGGGGCUUCCCGGUGCCGCGGGGACUCCGAUCCCGGGGAAAAGCGUGGGAAAUUAAGCAUUAAAGAGGCGUUCAAUCGAGGCUUCCUGUUGGCUGGCGCUGCCUUCUGCCCCUGCUUGCUGGCUUUCUUCGCCGUUCCCGCCGGUUGCCCUUCGGAGCGGCCAUUACUAGCAUCAGUUUAUAGUGUUUCACUGCUGGCUCCCCCUACUGGAAGUUAGUUAUUACGCUUAUUUUUAUUACUUUUAACGAUUUCAGCUUGAGUUUAGCAUCAGGCUUUCUAGCUUUUUUUGUUUUGUUUCACUACACCGCCCUUGUUGGCGCCGAAUAGUCCAAAGCCAGUUAGCAUUAGCGGCAGGAUGGAGCGUGGUAGCUGGAGCGGCAGCGAGAGUGCCGGGGAAGACAUGGACCGACUGAGCGAUUCGGGGGGGGACAAGACCAUGGACGGGGACCCCGAGGGGGUCUGGAGCCCGGACAUCGAGCAGAGCUUCCAGGAGGCCCUGGCCAUCUAUCCGCCCUGCGGGAGGAGGAAGAUUAUACUGUCAGACGAAGGAAAAAUGUACGGUCGAAAUGAGCUGAUAGCUAGAUACAUCAAACUCCGAACAGGCAAGACGCGGACAAGGAAGCAGGUAUCCAGUCAUAUCCAGGUUUUGGCCAGAAGAAAAUCCAGGGAGUUUCAGUCCAAACUAAAGGACCAGAAUGCCAAGGAAAAGGCUCUGCAGAGCAUCUCGUCCAUGUCCUCGGCUCAGAUCGUCUCCGCCACUGCCAUCCACAGCAAGCUGCUGCCGGGGAUAGUGCGGGCCAGCUUCCCUGGCAAUGCACAGCUGUGGCAGGGGAUGAUUCCUGGAGGACAGUCCAGCUCCACCACAGAAGACAUCAAGCCGUUUUCCCAGCAAGCCUACUCCGUGCAGACAGCGGGGACCACCACCAUCUCAGCGUACGAGCCUCCGGCUGCAGCCCAAACGCACCGAGAGCCGGCGUGGCACGGUCGCUCCAUCGGCACCACCAAACUACGACUGGUGGAGUUUUCAUCUUUCCUGGAGACACAGAGGGACCAGGAGGCAUACAACAAGCACCUGUUUGUGCACAUCAGCCAGAGCAGCCCGAGCUACAGCGACCCGCUGCUGGAGUGUGUGGACAUCAGGCAAAUCUAUGACAAGUUCCCGGAGAAGAAAGGCGGUCUGAAGGAGCUGUUCAGCAAGGGCCCACAAAACGCUUUCUACCUGAUCAAGUUCUGGGCGGACCUGAACUAUAACGUGCAGGACGACCCCGCGGCCUUCUACGGCGUGACCAGCCAGUACGAGAGCUCGGAGAACAUGACCAUCACCUGCUCCACCAAGGUCUGCUCCUUCGGCAAGCAGGUGGUCGAGAAGGUGGAGACGGAGUACGCGAGGUUUGAAAACGGGCGGUUCGUCUACAGAAUCAGUCGCUCUCCCAUGUGUGAAUACAUGAUCAACUUCAUCCACAAGCUCAAGCACCUGCCCGAGAAGUACAUGAUGAACAGCGUGCUGGAGAACUUCACUAUUCUGCUGGUGGUGAGCAACAGGGACACUCAGGAGACCCUGCUGUGCAUGGCGUGUGUGUUCGAGGUGUCCAACAACGAGCACGGAGCACAGCACCACAUCUACCGACUCAUCAAGGAAUAACACACAGUCUCUUAAGCAAACACAUCUAUGGCCUUGGCUUGGUGAUUUAUGGUGAAUAUUGGGGGAAGAAUCCCCCCUGAAACACAGAAACUCUCCGACAGCCCCGUGAUUCACUGAGGAACGCUAAUGGCUGCAUUUUCACUGCUACUCACGAGGAAAUAAGUGAUGAUGGAUCAUUUAGAGACGGCACGCACUACAGGAGCAUUUCAUCUCAAAAUAUUAACCACAGACUCACUAUCAGUAGUUCAGUAGUUGUUUUAAAUUAAAAGAAGCACAGUGACAGUGCAGCCAUGGAAACCUCAGCAGAAAUAACUUGGGUGGUUUUCCCAGAAAAAAAAAAAAGAUACAAAUCCCGACUCUCAUGCAAGUUCUCUCACUCAGCCGUCUCUCCGUCUCUCAGCACAUCCGGACUUUGCUGCUGUGAUGACGGAGAUCAAAGUGAUAUUUCUGUCAUGUGAUUUUUGGGAAAAUCAACCCAAAGAGAAGAAAAUAGACAAAAACAAAUCUUGUGGCUUUCUCCCCCCUGACCCCCACCCCCCCCGUGACAAAAGCGUGUGCUAUCUGCAGAGAGACUGACGCACGCUGAAGGUCAGACCCUGUGCAUCAUCAAUAACCGCAGGAAGCGGCUGGCGGAGGACGUGACACCGCAUUAGCAUAUAGUAGGAUACACCGUAGAGGCCGGCCUGUACAGACACAAACUCAACAUCGUGCAAGUUGAAUUCUUGCACAAAAUAAAGUUUUCCCAAAGAAAAAUAAUCAAAUUUUUACCUUUUUGUAUGUUUUCAUUAAAAGAAAGAAAAAAACGCCUCUAAUCUUUGGGAAAUUGUUUAUUGAUAUUAGCAUAUAGAUUAUAUUUUAAGUCCAUGAACACUAGAAAUUAUGUUAAUAAAGUAUAACUGAGAAAUUCAGGUACCUUGUUGUGCAACAAGUGACUCAUCUAAGAUUUAAACAAAAAAAAUAAUACAAUCCCUAAUAUUUCAGUAUGAGCUGAAUUGGCUGCAGGAGAAAAGUCAACAAUGAGAUAUGGAGGCUUGAUUACACGCGGGGAAGGAGAGUUUGAUCAAUACGUGUCGAUACAGUGAGUGGCCUUCGCUUAAACAUGUCAAUCAGAAAUACGGAUCGAAGAGGAGAAUCUAAGGAUGCAGUUUUUGAAUUUAUUGUUUAGUCCUUGGACUCAUUCAUGGCAUUCGGACACAAACGUUUUCUGUCAGCUUAGACAGAAACAUCCCUUUCUGAUCCUGCUGCAGGUGAACUUCACCUGCCAAAAAUGUUGCUUCGCCCACGUUUCGGUUAGAUCGCUCUGAACAGAAGUGUCACGUUCACCGACUAGAAAAACAGGUCCGGCUGAAGUUGUUUCCGAGUCAGAAACCAAAAAACUGCCGGAGUUCACCGAAGCGGGCAUGGUCUGGUUCGUCUGUCACGCUCAGCAGCUCGAAGUGCCUUUGGCUGGAAACGGGGGACAGUCCUGUCCUGUUCCACUGCACCCCCGAUGAUGUGGUGUUGUAGACGAUGUACAGAACCAAAACACGAUUUCAUGUACUUUGAUAACAGUUUUGUCUCAGUUGUCUGCCCUUUUAUUUCUAUCAGGUGUCAGCGAAUGUGCUCCCGGGCCGCCCGUGCAGGUUGGGUUUACCGGUUUCUUAAUGCUCUGAAGUUGAUGCCACUUUCAUGUUAACAGGUUCAUGUGUAGUUUAACAUUAAGACUUGAACCAAGGGGAGCAAUAAGCCCGACUCUCUGACAGAAACAGUUAAUUGUUCCUCUAAAUCAAACUAAGAUGAUAUUCAACUGAGUUGUGUUCAGAUGGAACCAAAGCAUGUUUUCAAGGCACUUCACCUUGUAAAGUGAAUACUUUACAUUAUAUAUAUAUUCUGGCAGAUCAAGCACUUACAAUUAUUGGGGGGGAGGGGGAAACAUACUUUACAGAAACAUACUUUAUCAUCCACAUGUUUCUGAACAAAAUAAAUCUGGAUGUUAAAAACAGGCCCCACUCCUCCCUCUCAGUAACCAACUCAAUAUUUCCAUAUAUCUACGGGACAAAUCGGCUUUAAUUAACAUUAACAUUUAAUUAACAUAAGCAUAUUUUCCUGAAACUUUGCUAAAAUGUCCAACCGAAGUUAACUCAGUCAUUACUGUGCUGGGUAACAUCCCGGAUGCUGUAUCCUGCACCUUCUGGAACCCCACUUUAAUCCAUUUUUAAUAACAUUGUUUGCAUUUUCUUUUAAUCAACUCCUUAAAUUAUUGGCAAAUAAAAUCUGCCCAGAAAAAAGGAUUUAAAUUGAUAAGCUUAUCAUUUGUAUAUCUUCCCCCACCACAUUGGCCAUUCUCACCUGUUUUGAAUCGCCUGAUAUUCACUGUGUAAACAUGAAAGUCGUAUCACUUUUCUCAACGUGCAAGAAGGUUUAUGUGAGCGUGCAGCCAAGCCGGCUGGAAGUGGACAUUUACUGAGGCAUGCGGGUGACUUCAGCAGAGUCAACAGAGCGCUCGGGCAGUUCCCCAGUGCUAGAAAUUCCUGCCAGACUUUAAGCAACGGUGCAAGAUUUUUCUUUUUUCUUCUCUCUGGCUGGAAAUAUUUCUAACCAGGUGAACUCAGAAAUGUUGAAGGUAACAUGACAUGUCUGUAAAUGAACGAAGCUCAGAGGCUUUCACGUAUCGUACAAAGCGCCAACGCUGGCUUGUUGUAUCCAGAAGAUUCAGUAACUGCAGACCUGAGCAUUUGAUCUCAUCUUUGGAGGUAAAAAGGUUUUUAGGUUUCUGAAAACCAUUUCCUUUAGACUGUGUUGACCUCGAGACCCCUCCGAGCCUUUCGAGCCUUCCUGAGUUUGUUCUCACGCUGCAGCAGCUUGUUUAGACAAACCGCUGCUCCUUCGGGGCAUCGACAUGUGACAUGCAGGUGAAAACCUAACAAACAGCCUCGACGAGGCUAACGUUGCAAUAAUGACUGUCUGGACAUCGUCUACCACCUGCUUACCAAAGACAGCCAUCAUGUGACAAAAUACGCAGGAGAAGUAACGCGAACUAGACGAGCCUAGAAACCCCAUCUGAAGACAUUUAAAACAUAAAUGGACAGCUCUGCCCAUCUCAGUUGGCAGACUGAGGAUGGACUUUAGCAAAAUACUCUAAAUGUUUGCCAACCGUGACCCUAAUAAUCCAGAGCCUGUCCCGCUCCGAAGGCGUACUCUGUGUGACCUCCAUGCCUGAAGUCUCAGAGUCCAGUCAGCUGUAGAGCUUCUCCGUCAUCGUCGUCUGUGUUCUUAAUGUCGUCUUGUUUGUGUAAGUUGGGUAUUUAUCUUGUAUCCCGGACCACGUGUGGCGCAGAGACCCCGUCUGUGAUCGAUCUCCAAAACGGCCUUGAAUCUUUUCACUCCGGUGCGCGAGCAGCGCGCCUGCUUGUGCACGGAGGCUUUUUGAUAAGGUGCUUUGUAUAAAAGUGACAAUAACGUUUAUUACAGAUGUUGUGUAUAUCUUUGAUAUUCUAAUGUUUAUCCUAUUUUGUGAAGAAGAGAGAACAUUUAGAGAAAAAAAAAUCCAGAAAACUAGUCAUGUUUGUCUAUUGGUGCUGCACAGGGUCUGAUCUUUGCUCUUUAACAUCCCCUCAAUAUGGCUAAAAGUAUGUUAGAUAUUUUCUAGCUUUGUAGAGACUUUGUACGCAUAUGCUAUUCAGUUUAAAUAAAUG